AUGAAGAGGUCUAGAGAUGAUGUGCACGAGAGUUCUCAGCUGCGCCCCGUUAUCUCCUCUAGGGCUGAACCGUCUGGGCAAGGCCAGAUGUCAAGUGUUAGUGGUGCACAGAGGCUAACGACGAAUGAUGCCUUGACAUAUCUCAAAGCUGUGAAGGAUAUUUUUCAAGACAAAAGGGACAAAUAUGAUGAAUUUCUUGAAGUCAUGAAAGAUUUCAAGUCACAAAGAAUUGAUACGGCUGGUGUUAUAGUGAGAGUCAAGGAAUUAUUUAAAGGGCAUCGAGACUUAAUUUUGGGUUUCAAUACCUUUUUGCCGAAGGGAUAUGAAAUCACCCUCGCAUCGGAGGAUGAACCACUUCUGAAAAAGAAGCCGGUAGAGUUCGAAGAAGCAAUCAAUUUUGUUAACAAAAUCAAGAUUAGAUUUCAAGGCCAGGAUCAUGUGUAUAAAACUUUUCUUGACAUUUUGAAUAUGUACAGAAACGAAAGUAAGUCAAUAACUGAGGUUUAUCAGGAGGUCGCCGCUCUUUUUCAGAACCAUCCUGACCUUCUUGUGGAGUUCACUCAUUUUCUACCUGAUACUUCAGGUGCAGCCUCUUUUGAUUAUGCUCAGCCUGGUAGAAAUCACAUCCUACACCAGGAUGAUAGAAACUCUCCAAUGACCGUGGCAAGGCUCAUGCAUGUUGAAAAGAAGCCUACAGCUUCUCAUGCUGAUCACGACCUCAAUUUCGAUCAGACUAAUCCAGAUCAGUUGAGAUGUGCUGAAAAAGAAAAGGAAAGAAGAGAAGGCGGAGAAGAAAUAGAGCUCGAACAUGGUGAUGGUUUUAAUCAAAAAAGAAAAUCUGGUCACACAGAUGAUUCUAUGGCUGACCAGUUUAAUCAAGGCAUACAGGACCCAGUGUCAGCUUUCUGUGAGAAAGUGAAGGAAAGACUACAGAAUCCUGAUUCUUACGAGAAAUUUUUGGAUUGCCUGCGCUCCUAUGACAGCAAGUUCGUCACAACGGCACAAUUUCAGAUGCUGGUGGCUAGUUUACUUGGAGCACAUACAGACCUUAUGGAAGAGUUCGAAGAAUUUCGAACGUACUUUGAGAAGACUGGAUGCCUGCGGAACAAUAAACAUAUCUUCCGAUCUCUAAAGGUUGAUGAACGAGAUGGAGACCGAGAUCAUGAGAGGGAAGAUAGAGAAAAGAAUAAACACCGUGACACCAGAGAAAGGGAUAGAUAUGACAGGGGUGUUGCAUUUACCAGUAAAGAUGUCACAGGACAGAAAAUGUCUAUCUAUACAAGUAAGGAUAAGUAUUUGGCAAAACCCAUUCAAGAACUUGAUCUCUCUAACUGUGAGAGCUGCACACCAAGCUAUCGACUGCUUCCAAAAAAUUAUCCAAUUCCUUCGGUAAGCAACAGAACGGAAAUUGGUAAUGAAGUGCUGAAUGAUGAGUGGGUGUCUGUCACUUCAGGAAGCGAAGAUUACUCUUUCAAACACAUGCGCAAAAACCAAUAUGAAGAAAGCUUGUUUCGGUGUGAGGAUGAUAGGUUUGAACUUGACAUGUUGUUAGAAUCUGCGAAUGUAACCACAAAGCAUAUAGAAGAACUCCUAGACAUGUUCAAUGAUAAUCAAAUGAAUACAGACAGUUCAAUUCGCAUUGAAGAUCAUUUAACAGCUCUUGACCUGAGGUGCAUUGAACGUUUAUAUGGUGACCAUGGGCUCGAUGUCAUGGAUGUAUUGAGGAAGAAUGCACCUAUGGCCCUGCCAAUUAUAUUAACUCGAUUGAAGCAGAAACAAGAAGAGUGGGCAAGGUGUCGCUCUGAUUUCAAUAAAGUAUGGGCUGAAAUUUACUCAAAGAACUACCACAAAUCACUCGACCAUCGUAGCUUCUAUUUCAAACAGCAGGAUGCAAAGAGCUUGAGCACUAAAGUGCUGCUGGCUGAGAUCAAGGAGAUCAGUGAGAAGAAUGACAAAGAAGAUGAAUUGCUUCUAUCUAUUGGUGCUCAUAAUAGACAACUUAAUAAACCUCACAUGGAGUUUGAGUAUACUGAUCUGGACAUCCACGAAGAUCUAUAUCAGCUCAUCAAAUAUUCUUGUAAAGAAGUUUGUACCCCUGAACAGUGUCAAAAAGUCAUGAGGAUCUGGACAACAUUCCUUGAACAAGUGCUUGGUAUUCCUCUCCGUACUCAGGGUGCAGAGGACACUGACGAUGUUGUGAAGGCUAACAAUCAUGUUGCCAAAAUUGGUGAAAGGGAUGGAAGUCCAGAUGAUGAAGCUGCUUCAGUAAGUUGUAAACCAUCAAAUGUUCCCAGAACUGAGGGUGAAAACAUUCCAUCUUCUAGUUCCAGAAGAGCGCCGGUGUCAAUCAGUGAUAACGGUUUUAAAAGCAAUGGUUCUCAUGAUGAUGUUGCUUGUGAGAGUGAUAUAUUAUGCAACACGCCCCAAUGUGGAUUAAUGCAUACAGCUGACCAUGUGAUACCAGCUGCAGCUGGGACCAGAAAACAAGCAACUUGCUUAGAGCAAGACACUCCAAUUGCUGCUGGAGCAGAGAGUGUCAAUAAGGAAAAUGCUUCAGAUUCACACCGUGUUCUUUUUGCUUCUCCUUCAAGGGUUGACCGUGCCAAUGAGGGUUGUGGGAAAGAGAUGAUGCCUAGUGAAGAAUCACAGGGUGGUGUCUCUAGAAGACCAACUUCAUCUUCAGUUGCAAUAGUGCCCAAAGAUAUCAAAGCUCAGACGUGUCGUGAAGAAUCUGAAGCUCGCUGUAAAAGUGAACGAGAAGAUGGUGAAUUAUCUCCCAGUGGAGAUCUUGAGGAGAAUAAUCUUACAACUGUUCUUAAUGCUGGCUCUGAACCUAUACAUACUAAUAAAUGUGAUGUUAGCAAGCAGAGAAAUGGAAAAGAAGAAACUUGUUGUGAAGAGACCGGAGGUGGAAACGAUGCUGAUGCUGAUGACGAAGGCGAGGAAAGUGCCGAAGGGUCAUCAGACGGUGAGAAUGCCUCUGAAAAUGGUAAUGUUUUAGGAGGUGAAUAUGCUGAUGGAGAAGAUUGCUCCCCAGAAGAGCCCGAUGAAGAUGUGGACCAUGAUGAGAACAAUAACAAGGCGGAGAGUGAAGUCGAGGCAGAAGGCAUGGCCGACACCCAUGAGACUGAAGGAGUGGUGCCGUUUUCUGGACGAUUUCUGCAGACUGUUAAGCCUCUUACAAAGAAAAUUCCUCUGUCGGUUGAUGGGAAGGAAAAAAAUUCUCGUAUUUUUUAUGGAAAUGAUUCCUACUAUGUGCUUUUCAGGCUUCACCAGAUGUUGUACGAAAGAAUACAGAAGGCCAAGUUGCACUCUUCGUCUCCUGAAAAUAAAUGGAGGUUGUUGAAUGAUGUAAAUCCAACAGAUACUUAUGCUAGAUUUAAGGAUGCUCUUUACAGUCUGCUUAAUGGUUCCUCUGAUAACACAAAGUUUGAAGAUGACUGUCGAGCUAUUAUAGGAGCUCACUCAUACCUUCUUUUUACAUUUGACAAGCUGAUUUAUAAACUCAUUAAACAGUUACAAAUAAUUGCUAUCGAAGAGAUGGACAACAAACUUCUCCAAUUAUAUGCAUAUGAAAGAUCAAGAAAUCCUGAAAAAUUUUCUGAUGCAGUUUAUUGGGAAAAUGCACAUUUUCUUCUCCAUGACGAUAGCUUGUAUCGAAUACAAUGUUUUUCAUCUCCAGCGCGUUUAUCCAUUCAGCUUGUGGACAAUGAGCAUGAUAAACCUGAAGUGACUGCUGUCUCCAUGGACCCAAAAUUUGCAGCUUAUUUGAAUAAUGACCUCCUCUCAGUUGUUCCUGAGAGGAAGGAGAAACCCGGGGUAUUCUUGAAGAGAAAUAAAAGGAAACUUGCAUGUGGAGAUGAAAUAUCUGCUACUUGCAAAGCCAUGGAAGGACUAAUAAUCUCUAAUGGCCUAGAAUGUAAGGUGGCUUGCAAUUCACUGAAGGCUGCUUAUGUUUUUGACACUGAAGACUUCUUGUUUCGUACAAGAAAGAGGAGGAAACCUUCACAUCCGAAUGGCAUUUUUCUGCUGCUCAACAAAGAUAGGUUGAGGAAAUAA